AGUUCUUCAUUCCAGCCUAGGAGAAAUAUGAUCAUAGCUUCAUAUGUAGAAGUGGUGAAAAAUGGUGUAAGGAACCAAACUGAAGCUACAAGAAUGGAGCACUUACAAGACAAGGGAACUGAGAGGUUUAAGAGAAAGUCAGAACAGGGGCAAUGGCAAGGAUUAGAGGUACAAGCAGAGGAAGAAGAACUGAAAUGGCUUCGUGAUUGCUUUGUGGGUACAACAAAGUGCCCAAAAAUCAUUAGCACUCUCCAAGAUAGAUUCCUUAUGGAGGGAUACUUUUCUGCAAAAAUACGGGUGAGUGAGGAAGCUGGAGUUGAUAAUAUAUUUACCUUGAAAUCUAAUUUCAACUUGAUCAACAAAGGAGCAUCAAUCACGGAGGAAUGGCCAGAUGAGUCCAAUGGUGAAUACUGUAAUAAAGAUGAAUGGAAAGGUGACUGGCAAGUAAUAGAGGAUGAGAACGUGGAGGAGAACGAGGUGCAAAAAAGCUCGGUGGUGACGGAAUUAGCUCCGAUAGAACCAGAACAAGCUAUGACCAUGGGAAAAGGAAAAGAUGGAGUAUUGAACAAGUUGCUUGUUCAUGACGACUCAUUUAAUGCAAUCAUUCAAAAUUCAAAUAUUUUGACAGCAAGAAAGGGACUCGAGGCAAAAGCUAAGCCCACUUGUGUAGUAGAGAAUGAGGCUGGCAUAUCAAAACCACCUAACAAGAGAACUAACGGGAAGGCCAUUAAGGAGCCAAGAUCCAUAAGUGAAGGGAUGUCUAGUAAUGGGGUUUGUCCGAAUCGAAAAUUAGAAGAAAGAGAGAGAAACAGGGUAGAAGCAUCACAAGUACAUGAGGAAGAGGAUAAAAAAACUCAACCUUUUUGGGAAGGGUUAGCGAGUGAAGAUGAGAUCUUGCAAUCAAGAGCAGAAAGAUCUACAUGGGGUGGGGAUAAUUGUAGCUGGGUCAUGAAAUCGGCUCAAGGGAGAGCUGGAGGAAUUAUAUUUGACUUGCCAUUGAGAGGAAGGAAGUUCACACAGUUCAAAUAUGAUGGAACAGUAAUGAGCAGGUUGGAUAGAUUCUUGGUGUUUACGGGGUUCCUCAUUAAAUGCUCGGAUCUUAUCCAAAAAGGUUUAAGAAGAGACAUUUCUGAUCGUUGUCCAAUAAUGCUAAUGAGCUCUAGUAAGGAUUGGGGACCGAAGCCUUUUAGAAGCCUUGAUUGUUGGCUUGAACACAAGGAGUUUAGCUCUUUUGUCCAUGAGAAAUGGAAUAGCUAUAAUGUGGAGGGACAGAAAUGGCUUCAGGAAGGCCAUGCCAACAGUAAAUUCUUCCAUGGGUGCAUUGGUAAGAGAAGGAAAAGAAAUGGGAUUGAUGGAGUGAUGAAGAGUAAUGAUUGGAUUGAGGAAGUCAUUGAGGUGAAAAAAUUCAUCAAAGAAUAUUUUGAGCUCAAGCUUCAAGAGGAUGAGUGGAAUAGACCUAACCUUGAACUCAAUGAUUUGAAACAACUGAGCUCAGAGGAGAACAAUUGGCUAACUGCAGAAUUCACAGAGGAAGAAAUAAGGGGGACGGUGUGGAAUUAUGGUGGGAGCAAAAGCCUAGAACCAGAUGGAUUCAACUUCAACUUCAUUAAAAGUCAGUGGCCAACGAUAAAGCAAGAUAUUGUGGCUUUUGUUAAAGAUUUUUGGGCAAAUGAGAGAUUGGUGAAAGGAAGCAACUCAUCUUUCAUUGUUUUAAUCCUGAAGAAAGACUCUCCACAAAGCUUAGGGGAUUUUAGGCCCAUAUCCCUAGUUGGAUGUUUGUAUAAAAUAAUAUCUAAAGUCCUUGCAAACAGAUUGAGGAAAGUGAUGCUGUCUAUCAUUAGCCAGAACCAAUCAGCAUUUAUAGGAAGGAGACAUAUUGUAGAUGGUAUUGUGAUCGCUAAUGAAGUUAUUCAUGAAGCAAAGAAGAGGAAGAGGCCCACCUUGAUAUUCAAAGUUGACUUUGAAAAAGCCUAUGAUAGUGUCAACUGGAAUUUUCUUGAUGUGAUCAUGGAAAAGUUCAGAUUUUGUUGGAAAUGGAGAAGAUGGAUCAAGGAAUGUUUAUAUACUUUAGUUGUUUCAGUUCUGGUGAAUGGUAGUCCUAUAGAGGAAUUAAACAUGAAGAAGGGACUGUGACAAGGUGAUCCAUUAGCCCCAUUCUUAUUUCUUUUGGUUGCAGAAGCACUUAAUGGGCUUGUUCUCAAAGCAAAGGAGCAAAAUAUCUAUAAGGGAGCUAAGGUGGGAAUAGAAGGAUUGGAGGUCACACACCUGUAAUUUGCUGAUGAUUCUAUUUUCUUCUGUGAGGCAUCAGAUCUAAAUAUUAAGACAAUCAAGGGAGUUCUUCAGA